UCCCGUUUUGUGCUAAAGCUGUGAGCCAAUCAGUACGCAGUAAAGGUAGCUAUCUGCGGAGAGCGGAAAAGGCUUUUUCCCGAGUUAAUGUUAGUCUCACGUUAUUGUUUGGACUCCAGCUGGUGGAAUACGUAAAGAACUAAAGAUCUUAUCAUGGCUGAGCCCCAACAAGUCAGUGCCCUGCCCCUGCCACCAAUGCAGUACAUCAAGGAAUAUACGGAUGAGAACAUUCGCAAAGGUCUUGCCCCCAAACCACCUCCUCCAGUAAAGGACAGCUACAUGAUGUUUGGCAAUCAGUUUCAAUGUGAUGAUCUCAUUAUCCGUCCCCUCGAAAGUCAGGGCAUCGAACGCCUCCACCCGAUGCAAUUUGACCACAAGAAAGAAUUGAAAAAACUCAACAUGUCCAUUCUGGUGAAUUUCCUGGACCUGUUGGAUAUCCUUAUUAAAAGUCCAGGGAGCAUCAAACGAGAGGAAAAGCUAGAGGACCUUAAACUGCUUUUUGUACACAUGCAUCACCUGAUCAAUGAGUAUCGUCCCCACCAGGCAAGGGAAACUUUACGGGUCAUGAUGGAGGUACAAAAGCGCCAACGCUUGGAGACGGCAGAGCGGUUUCAGAAACAUCUAGAAAGAGUCAUUGAAAUGAUCCAGUCCUGUUUAGCUUCUCUGCCGGAUGAUCUGCCUCAGUCUGGUGGGGCAACAGCAGGAGCCUUGAGACUUAAGUCGGAGCCCAUGGACAUAGAAGAGGUCAACGCAAGCUGCAUGACGGGACAGUCUGACAAAGAAAAAGAAGUGAAUGUUCAUUCGAAAAAGGAUCAGCCUUUUGAUAAGGAUGCAGCCAUGUGUGCCCUUAUUGACGAGAUGACAUAGGUGGUACCUUAAUGGUGUCAUUUUCUUUAUUGCAGUAAGGCUUUCUUUUCAGGAGGAUAGAGUCCAUUUUUUAUUUGGGAGGUUUUGAAGUCUUGAAAGUUGCAUACAGUUAUGAAGUCACCUCUUAUUUAUGCAGUAUACAUAAUAUUUAAUCUAUAUAAUUCUUGAUUGCAUUUUUUUUUUAUUUAUAAUGAAGUUUACAAUAUAAUCAUUUAUCUCACCACUGCAUUGGACAUUUUUAUAUAUAAAAAUGAUUGAAUUUC